CCUGUCCAUUAGUGUAUGUGAGAGGAGGGGGCGCAGGGUGGAGCAGUAACGGGAAGAUAAACACAGGAGGAAGAGACCUGAGGACGAGCCGUGAGGAGGACCGAGCAUUGGAACCCCGGUGGUCCCUGUAUUCCAGCCCAUAGCACGAUGGUGUUUUAUACCUGUGGACCGAAUGAAGCCAUGGUGGUGUCAGGCUUCUGCCGGAGUCCUCCAGUGAUGAUAGCCGGUGGACGGGUGUUCGUCCUCCCCUGCAUACAACAGAUUCAGAGGAUCUCCCUGAAUACCCUGACGUUGAACGUUAAGAGUGAGAAGGUCUAUACGAGACACGGAGUGCCCAUCUCGGUCACGGGCAUUGCUCAGGUGAAGAUCCAGGGGCAGAAUAAGGAGAUGCUUGCAGCCGCCUGUCAAAUGUUCCUGGGUAAAACGGAGAACGAAGUGGCUCACAUUGCCCUGGAAACCUUGGAGGGUCACCAGCGAGCUAUCAUGGCUCACAUGACCGUGGAGGAAAUCUACAAGGACCGUCAGAAGUUUUCUGAGCAGGUAUUCAGGGUGGCCUCUUCUGACCUGGUGAAUAUGGGCAUCAGCGUUGUCAGCUACACCCUGAAGGACAUCCAUGAUGAUCAGGACUACCUGCACUCUCUAGGUAAAGCCAGGACAGCACAGGUGCAGAAGGAUGCAAGAAUUGGAGAAGCAGUGGCCAAAAGAGAUGCAGGGAUUAAGGAAGCGGAGGCUCAACAGGCAAAGGUAUCUUCUCAGUACGUCAAUGAGAUAGAGAUGGCGAAAGCCCAGCGAGACUUUGAGCUGAAGAAAGCCACGUAUGACCUGGAGGUGAACACCAGGAAAGCAGAGAGCGACCUGGCCUAUCAGUUACAGGUGGCUAAAACAAAGCAGAAGAUUGAGGAGCAGAAGGUUCAGGUCCAGGUGGUGGAGAGGACUCAGCAGAUCCAACUGCAAGAUCAAGAAAUCCUGCGUAAGGAGAAGGAGCUGGAGGCCCAAAUCAAGAAGCCGGCGGAAGCGGAGCGAUACCGACUGGAGAAACUGGCUGAGGCCGAGAGAUUACAGCUCAUCACUAAAGCAGAGGCCGAAGCAGAAUCCAUCAGGGUAAAGGGGGAGGCUCGGGCCUAUGCAGUCGAAGUCCGAGCUCGAGCCGAUGCUGAGCAGAUGGCCAAGAAGGCGGAAGCCUUCGAGCAGUAUAAGGAGGCUGCCAUAGUGGACAUGUUGCUGGAGAAGCUGCCUGAGAUCGUGGAGGAGAUCAGCAAACCCUUAACUAAGGUGAACAAGAUUAAAAUGGUGUCCAGUGGUGGAGGCGAGAUGGGAGCCACCAAAAUGACCGGAGAAAUCCUGGAAAUACUCAACCGCCUGCCGGAAACGGUGGAGAAGCUGACGGGGAUCAGUAUCAGCCAGAACCUGCAGGAUGGAAAGUUGAGCCAGCCGCUGAUCUCAGUAUGACCCAGGGUCAGCAGCCAAAGUAUACAGAAGAAGCCCGGACGCAUGUCCUAACUGAAGACUCCCCCCGUGGCAUCCCUCCCUCCUCUACAUGGUGCCUCCGAGAUUUGUGUGUGUUCACUACAUGUAUCAUGGCCGCGUCUGAUGACCUAUACCUGCUCAGAUGAUGCUGUCAGGGACGUUUUCCUCACAUGUGGUUUGAGUUGAUACUGUGUAUUUUUUAUUUGUAUGAUUUUAUGCUAUUAUCUCAGGGUUUCCCAACUAGGGUGCCUCCAGCUGUUGGCUGUCCGGGCAUGCUGGGAGUUGUAGUUUAGCAACAGCUGGAGGCAGCCUGGUUGGGGAAACCCUGAAUUAUCUCCCAAAAAGCUGUGUAUAUAUAUAUAUAUAUAUAUAUAUAUAUAUAUAUAUAUAUAUAUAUAUAUAUAUAAUAUAUGACGUCACUCCGCUAACUACACUAUGCAAAACUAUCCCAUUGCUUACCAAAUCCCAGAAUAGCCACGGACCUCAGUGCCAGUAAUAGUAAUGUCCGACCUCAGCGAAUGAAUUGUCUUAUUUCAUCCACGUCUAGCCUUUGUACCAUCUCGUCUAAGCGCAGUCGCCUGGAUCCCCUGCAGGGGGCAGUAUGGCAGGCCCCGUCAGCCGCUGUGCUGUAGUAGAUUUUAUUUGACCUAUUUAAAGGGUACCUUUCAUCAAAAAAACGUUUGAUAUAUAUUAUAGAUUAAUGUAUGCAGAAUAACUUUCCAAUAGCAUGUUAUUAAAAAAUAUUCUUCUUUCUAAUUAAUUUUCCACUUUGAAAAAAUGACCACUAGAGGUCUCCCUACCAGUCCUGGCCACAAUACCUUUUAUUUUUUUUUAAAUAUAUUUCAGAGUCCUAAUCUCAGACUGCAGCCGGGACACAGACGAGCUCAGCACUGCUCCCAGCCUGUCAAUCAGACAGGCAGGAGCAAGCACUAUGCUCAUAACACUUCAUGGCAUACUCCAGACUCUGCCUUACUGCAUGCCCUCAUUCAUUUUAGUAUCUGAGCUCCGAUCUUUCCUCCCAGAUUCAGAGCUGCCAGCUGAGCUUGUCUGUGUCCCGGCUGCAAUCUGAGAUUUAGGACUCCAGCAUGAGUCUGAAAUCUAUAAAAAGGGCUUGCAGCCAGGACUAGUAGGGAGACCCCUAGUGGUCAUUUUUUGAAAGUGGAAAAUUAAAUAGAAAGAAGCAUAUUUUUUAGCACCUUAAGGACUCAGGGCGUACCUGUACGUCCUGAGUCCGCUCCCGUUCUAUAACGUAGGGCCAAAAAAAUGAAUAAAAAGCGAUCAAAAAGUCCGAUCAAUACAAAAAUGGUACAGCUAAAAACUUCAGAUCACAGCACAAAAAAUGAGCCCUAAUACCGCCCCAAACGCAGAAAAAUUAAAAAGUUAUAGGGGUCAGAAGAUGACAAUUUUAAACGUAUACAUUUUCCUGCAUGUAGUUAUGAUUUUUUCCAGAAGUGCGAUAAAAUCAAACCUAUAUAAGUAGGGUAUCAUUUUAACCUUAUGGACCCUACAGAAUAAAGAGAAGGUGUCAUUUUUACCGAAAAAUGUACUGCGUAGAAACGGAAGCCCCCAAAAUUUACAAAAGGGCGUUUUUUCUUCGAUUUUGUCGCACAAUUAUUAUUAUUUUUUUUCCCCGUUUCGCCGUAGAUUUUUGGGUAAAAUGACUGUCAUUACAAAGUGGAAUUGGUGACGCAAAAAAUAACCCAUCAUAUGGAUUUUUAGGUGCAAAAUUGAAAGACUUAUGAUUUUUUUAAAGGUAAGGAGGAAAAAACGAAAGUGCAAAAAAUGGAAAAACGCCGAGUCCUUAAGGGGUUAAUAACAUGCAAUUGAAAAGUUAUUCUGCAUACAUUAAUCUAUAAUAUAUCAAAAGUAGGUUUUUUUGGAUGGAAGGUACCCUUUUAAAAGCUUUAUCUCCUUUUCGUUAAAGCCCCGUCACAGCCAUAGUCAUGGCGUAACUAUACUGAGCGCCAAAGGAGAUAUCAUCCUUAAAGGGGUACUCCACUGCCCCUGCGUUUGGAUCAUUUUGUUCUGAACGGUGGGUGCGGGCGUCUUGACAUUACGGCCAUGCCUCGUGAUGCCAUGCCACCUUAAUGUCAGUCUAUGGGAGGGGGCAUCUGCCAUGACCAUUCGGAACAAAAUGAUCCAAACGCUGGGGCAGUCGAGUACCCCUUUUAAAGGGCCCCCGUCCUGAAAGAGAAACACCCCCAGUAUCCAACACAGUUGGUGCCGCCAAGAAUGUGCUGCUUGUUCUACGAUCCCCCCCUGUGUUCCUUCCCCACAAUGGCUGCUCCCGAUCCUGCGUGUUAUGUUGGUGAGCUUGUGCCAGUCCCCCGAAGGCUUAUGAAGGUUCCCAUGUUUAUUAUAGCUGUUAUAUUAUAGUAUAUUGUGUUUUAGAUUAUACAUCGUCCACGUACAUGUGAACAUUUUUACUGUGAAGUUAUUUGCCUGUAGAUGAUCAAUGCCUUAUAAUAUUGUCAUAAUGGCUGAAUAAACAUUGUAUAUCUCACA